AUCACUUUAUAGUCAUCCCAAAUUAUUGGAAGAUGGAACCCAAGAAGUUUCUUGUCAUGGAAAUGGAAAUGACGAAAAUAAUAAGUGGCGUAUUGAACUAAUUGAUGACUCGAAACUUUGA